GAAUGUAGUCAAAACAAAGCGUGGAGUGGUUGGCCGUACGGAAGUGGUUUUGUCUCGAUGGAAACCCACAAUAGCAUGUGAAAAUGAGAGCUGCUACAUAUGUAAAAUUCAGUUAGCUCUCUUAAAAGCGUGUUUUACUUCAUUAACAGUUUUUCAAUAAUAUUACUUUGACAUCACCUGAACUACAUAAAGAACAGCUAGCUAGCUCGUUAGCUAGCUCGUAAACGCAAGCAGACAUGCCGUCCUACUCUGAAUUGAGGAAAACCAACUACUUCUACUACUUCAUCAAAUUUACAUUAAAUAUCUACUCAAUGCUCUUCUCGCUGAUGGGUCUUUGUGUGCUCUGUGUGGGGGUGUACGCUGAAGUGGAGAGGCAGAAGAAUCGAACCCUGGAGGGCCUUUUCCUGGCUCCUGCCGUGGUGCUCAUCCUGCUGGGCCUAGUGAUGUUCACUGUCUCUGUGGUGGGCAUGGUUGGAUCCCUCAGGGACAAUAAGACCCUGCUGCACAUGUUCCUUUGUGUUCUCUGUGUGUUGCUGCUUCUCCAGGCAGUUGCCCUCGCCACUGCUCUCAUCUUUGAAAAGAAGACAUCUGCCUUGUUUCAGAGCAGUAUACGAGAGGGUAUUAAACACUACUACGAUGAUCUGGACUUCAAAAACAUCUUGGACUACGUGCAACAAAAGUUUUCAUGCUGUGGAGGGGAUGAGUAUAAGGACUGGGGAGUCAACCAGUACCAUUUCUGCAAUGGAACUGGUCCCCUAGCCUGUGGGGUUCCAUACACCUGUUGUGUCCGCCAGAAGGUGGGAGAGGUCAUCAACACUCUGUGUGGUUACAAGACUCUGGAUCAAGAGCGUCAAACCCUGCACGAGGUGAUCCAUGUGCGAGGAUGCAUCCAUGCGGUCAACCUCUGGAUGAGCGACAACAUUGGAAUAACCGUUGCACUCUGCUGUGCCAUUGGGCUGCCACAGCUCCUGGGCAUCAUCCUGAGCUGCGUGUUCUGGAACCUGCUGGUGGACAUGAGCAAGUCGACUGACAUGGUUGACUUCAAGCUGAAGAAGGCUGAGUUUAAGUAUAGCGAGCUCGACCGUGCUGGCUGGUGUAUGGGCCUGCCGAGGGACGGCGGCUACCUGCCCGUCCCUGCUUCCGAGCCUGAACUUGAGCCCAUUGACAUUCACCUGGAGAAGCUCAAGAAGCAGCCGCCUCGCACGCACUCUCAGCUCCGAGAACUGCAGCAGUCCAGGUCGGCCACGGGGCUGGAUGAGGUGGAUGUUGGCCGCAAGCAGAAGAGGGAACACUGAGUGGUCUUUUUGUGCUUUCUUGCCUUUUGGGUUUUUCCCUGUUUUCUGUCAUUGUAUUCACUGCAUUUGUUGGAGUUGUUGCACUACUUUAUGGUUGAACCUGACACUAGAUCAAGUGAAAUGUUGUCACCUAAAGGGAUCAAAAGUACUUUGGCACUGUGUUGCUGAAUUUGUUUACAACAAAAGUUGACAGGACAACAUGCAACAUUGGCUUUUUAAGACUAUUUUUGUCUUGUUUGUGUUGCUGUUCAAAGGUUAUGUUGUAUUUUAUUUAAUUUAUUUGCAUUUGAAAUCGAGCUCUGUCUCAUGUGCUAAAGCUUACCUCAGGCUGUUUUGAAAAUAGCCCAGUAGUCAGAGGACAGUAGUGUAAAAUAAUGGUAGCUUGAAAAGACAUUUUUCAACGUCGGAGAAAUAGGAAUAGCCAAGUAUGUCUUGCGUGUAGCGUCUGUGACGGAUGUUUAUAAUUUGUGUUUCUUUUUAUUAUGAUUUUUGUGCAAUCAGUGAACAUUGUAAGACUGAUAGUUGUGGAAUAACAUGGGAUGCAUGUUUUGUACUGUAAAUUAAGUAAGAAAAAAACAAUAUCAGUUUACAUGUUAGGUUCUCAUCGGGGGGGGGGUUCAGUCUAUUCUGUUUUUAAACUAAACUUUUUAUUAUUUCCAUCUUUUAAAGGAACAACUAAAGGGAUCAUCCAGAUUACAAAUCCAGUGGAAAACUGAGUUAUUUGUAUCUGACUUAUGCACCGUUUCAAGCUUCCCCCUAGUUCCUGCCUUGCAUCAGCACUACUGUUCUUGUCAAUAAAGAUGAAUUUGUCUACUGA